GUGCAGCAUCUGCUUUGAUCCCUACGAGCCAAACGACGUCGUCGUGCGCUUGCCGUGCGCGCACGUUUACCAUCGCCACUGCCUUCAAGGCUGGCUUCUCAACAAGGACAAAUGCCCGAUCUGCAUUCGCCCGGUCCUCACUUACGAUUAG